CUUCUUCUUCUUGUUAAUUAGUUAGAACACACACUCAUACAUACACACAUACAUGCAUACAUACUCUCUCUCUCUCUCUCUCUAGAUAAAUUAUGAUGAUGGAUUUUGAAUGUGAAAAGAGUUUGCUAGAAUAUGUGAGAAAAUCUUCACCACCACCUUUCUUGUUGAAAACCUACAUGUUGGUGGAAGAUCCGGCCACGGAUGAAGUGGUUUCGUGGAACAACGACGGGACCGGUUUCGUGGUGUGGCAACCGGCUGAAUUCGCCAGAGAUUUGCUUCCAACUCUUUUCAAGCACAGCAACUUCUCUAGCUUUGUCAGGCAGCUUAAUACCUAUGGGUUCCGUAAAGUAGCAACUAGCCGGUGGGAGUUCUGCAACAACAAGUUUCGCAAAGGCGAACAAGAUCUACUCUGUGAAAUCCGUCGAAGAAAAGCAUGGACCAACAAGCCACAAUCUGCUACACAAAACCAAUCUGCACCAAAAGAACUCGACGAAGAUCAAAGAUCAUCAUCAACUUCAUCAUCCUCCGGUUACACUACCCUAGUUGAUGAGAAUAAGAGGCUCAAGAAAGAGAAUGGGGCUUUAAACACCGAGCUUUCGAGCAUGAAAAGCAAGUGCAAGGGGCUUCUUGAUUUGGUUGCCAUGUACGCGAAUUCAGAGAAAGAAGAAGAAGAAGCAGAUGAGAGGCCAAUGCUGUUUGGUGUGAGGUUGGAGGUUCAUGGGGAAAGGGAGAGAAAGAGAAAGAUUAGUGAAAGUGCAAGGGUUUUACUGUCUCAGUCUUGCAUAUGAACAACAGCAAUGUAGAAUAGGAAAUGAAUAAAUGUGUCACUUAAAAGUAAGUGGCUAGCUAAUUAUGCAUAUGUAGAUUAUGGUGUGCAAUGUUUUAAUGAACUGUGAAGAUAGUUCAUGUGCAAUCUGUACAAUAUUUUGUACUUUUCCAAAGGUGAUUAUAUAAAGAUAGUGU